GUACUCUGCAUCUCCUCCGUAAAUACAGAGACGCAGUCAGGUGUUGUGUUGGAGAGCCAAAGUCCAAAGUGAAUCGAAACUGAAAAGGAAACGCUCCUGCACCAGAGUUUCAGGCCUCCGCCAUCAAACGCCGAUUGCCGGAAACUCUACCAUGCCUCCUCCAAUCAGGCCAUUGCAAUUGUGGUUUUUUUUUUUUGGGUGCUAGAGAUGAGAUACGCUCUUGUCUAUGAAUGCUAUUCCAUUUUUCAUUAACAUGGAUGUUGAAUUUAGAAAUACAUCUGAGGCCUUUUGGCAUGCAUGGAGGAAAUAAUGAAUUUCAGAAUUCCCAUUCCCAGCAACAACCACUCGUGGUUCAACCUCUCAAUAGUGUGCCUUACAUUGGUUCAGCUGCACCAGUUGGUGAUCAUGACUCAUUCAGAACUGAAAGAUCAGCCCAACCUGUUGAAAAAGUUGGGCCAUCUAUGGUCUUUCUUCCAUCUAACACAACUAAAAAGGAAUGGGAUAACAUAGUGCUCUCUGCGAAAACUGCAGUUGCACUGACUGGGAGUGCAGCCAUGGGACAGGUGGGUCCAAUUGUGGGAUUAAUGGACAUUGGAGAAUGUGAUGACGCCUAUUUAUUUCGGGUCUCCCUACCUGGGGUAGCUAAAGAUGAAAGCAUUGAAUCAUUGCUAGGGGUUAGAAGGAGUGAAACACCGCAAAUUGAAGGAGGGACAAAGGCUAUUUCAGACAAUUUACAUAAAAUUAACGAGGAAUUUAGUUGUGACAUUGAACCUGAUGGAACAAUAAUAAUAAAGGGAGUGACAACCACUGGUGAAAAAAUAGUGUGCAAGAAGUCCCAAAUCUUUAGGAUGCAAACACAAAAUCUGCCCCCACCAGGUCAUUUCUCCAUCACAUUUCAGCUACCCGGUCCAGUUGAUCACCGACAGUUUUCAUGUCAUUUUGGGAAUGAUGGAAUGCUUGAGGGAAUUGUGAAGAAGAGCAUCCAAUAAGGAUGUUGGCUCCGUUACUCUAUAUACCAUGUGUUAUUAGCAAGAGCCAGUAAGUUGCCCAAAAAGAAAGAAGCAUCAUAUCCAAGGCUGCCAUGAAGACAAUGGGGAUACCUCAGAAUAAGGAGAGCUGGAUUGAAGAAAAGGGGAGAAGACAGGAUCAUGGCAAGAGUCGUGCUGUGGAGAUAAACUUGGAUGGAUAAAUAAAUUGUGCAGCUUUGGCGAUGUAAUUGUUGUACAAUUAUACAAUCUUCAGUUGCAAAAAAGAGUAUUUAACAACUUAUUAUUUUGUGGCAUUUGCCUUGUUUCCCCAUUAUUCCCUCUGAGAUGUGAAAUUUUUAUUCCAUCUGUAAAAGUAUGAACUUUUCUUUAAUGUUCAAAUUUUGUGGCAUUUGAUUUA